AUGAAGAAUUCAAAAUAUGAAAUACCGAAAAGGAGAGCAAGAACACGUGCACGUGUGCAAGCAAGUCCCGUGCGUGUGCUCCAAAAUCCAAAUCCUGAUACUYGGUCUCGGUCCAAGGAUGUCUGCAGAAGUAGAAGCAGCGAGGAGAAGCAUUUGUUAGCGAAGAAGAAAAGAAAGCCAGCCAUGCUUACUUCACAGAUGACCUUGGUUGGGGAUCUUUCUUCUUAUGCUUCUUCUUCUCCUUUCCGGGCGUCAACCCUAGUCUCUGCACCAAAAUCUCCUUCGCCCUUUAUGUCAACCUUCCCUCUCAAUUUCUUCGAUGAAUAUUGUGGCCGCAGGUUCAGUAGAAGAAGAACUAAAGAACAAAAGCCCUUAUUAGCUUCAAUGGAGUUUCGAUCUUCUCAACCGAUGGUUAUCCUAUGCAGCGGUAGCAACGCCUUUUCCUCCAAUUACUUGACAGAAAUGGGGUUAUAUUUCCCCUUCUUUCAAGAAAUUGGACUUGAAGAGAGAGAAGCCGAAGUUCUCUUCCACAAAAAUCCACUUCUGAGGUCUGCAUCUUUGGAAUUCCUUCGCACCCGACUUCUUUCCCUGCGUUCCGUUGGCAUUGAUGGCUUUUCUCUCUGUCGCUUGAUUACCAAACGUCCUGAUGUACUAACGGCGGAAGAAAUUGGUCCGCUGCUCUGCUUUGUUCGUGAUGAGUUGGAAGGUCAGAUAGAACCCUUAAAGCUCGAACGCCUUUUAACUGUUACAGAUCCCCAAUUCUUCGUAGGUUUUUCCGGGAAGGUUACUUUAUUGCUUGAUCAUGGAAUUCCCCGCCAAGAGCUAGCUAAUGUUCUCAACAAUGUCAAUCUCACCAAGGUGUUCUGCUAUAAACCAGCCAAAGAGCUCGAAAGAACUCUCCUUUUCCUGGACCGGUUCGGUGGUGUCGAUUUGAUCAUUCGACGGCCUGGGCUUCUUAAUUUGGACUUGCAAAGCCAGCUUGUUCCACGAAUCAGGUUUCUUACAGAGCUCAGUGGGGAAGAUGAAAAUGCCACAGCAACCGUGUUGCGUAAGCUACCUGCAAUUUUAACCUACAGUGUAGAGCAUCUACAAGGCCAUGCCGAGUUCUUGAGAUCCUUCGUUGGUUUAACCGACCACGAAAUCUUCAGAAUCGUUCUUGUCUAUCCAAAUAUCUUCAGUGUCAGCAAGGAGAGGAAAUUGCGUCCGAGAAUCGAGUUCCUUAAACAAUGCGGGUUGAGUUCUAACGAUAUCUUCAAGUUCCUGAUCAAGGCGCCACUGUUUCUGAGUCUAUCGUUUGAAGAAAAUCUCUCUAAGAAAUUGGGGUUUCUGGUGAAGAUUGGAUACGAGAAUGGAACCAAGGAGUUGGCACUGGCGAUGGGGGCGGUAACCAGAACCAGUUCUGAGAACAUGCAGAAGGUGAUCGGUGUCCUCCUGAGCUAUGGCCUCACUUGUGAUGACAUACUUGCCAUGAGCAAGAAGCAUCCCCAGAUACUGCAAUACAACCACGACUCUCUGGAGAAGAAAUUGGAUUACUUGAUCGAGGAGAUGGGUCGAGAAAUUGGAGAGCUGUUGGCUUUUCCUGCCUUUCUCGGUUACAAGCUCGAAGACAGAAUCAAGCAUAGAUAUGAAGUAAAGAAGAAGACAAUAGGAACCCCUAUAGCCACUUUUUGGCACCUUUAUAGUUGGUGGAACCCCAUCAUCCCAGUAAAGCAGGCAGAGAUAUGGGUGUGAUUCCCAUACAUAGUAGAAGAAACCAGAACCAAAGAAUGCUCUGCUUGACAUAGCUACAGGUGCCUUGCACUUACUAGCGCAAUAACUGAUUUCUGUCCACACCCUGCACUUACUAGUGCAUCAGCCACACCGUUGGAUGGCGAUAAUCCUAAAACAUUACUUCGGAAUAAUGAAUGGCUGCACAUGGAAAUUAUUAGUACUUUGAUACUUUCUAGGACAUUAUUUGGGUCAUCAUCAUUCAAAACUUGCGGUUGCAGUCCACUUUCCAGCUAUCAUAUACUUUCAACUCUGACUCCUCUUGCUCUUUUAGCUAUUGUUGGAAGUUUACACUUAUUUAUGGGUAAAGAUGCCUUUCCAUAAUAUUCUUCUUGUAAUGUGGCUUGAAGACAGGGAAGCCAAAGAUUUUUGAGGUAGGUUCACUAGAGAAGUGGGUUAUUGGCUUUCAUAUGCGGUCCCUAGGCUCUGUUGAUGAAUCUGAGUUCUAAGGAGCAUUCAAUACAACAAGCAAUUCAAGUUUCCAAAAAAGAAAGCGCAUGGAAAAGGCUAGUUAGUCUAAAAUUAUAGUUUUGAGGAGAUUUUUUCAAAACUAGGGUUCAAGAACUUUUCUUGUUCCCAUGUGUUAGCAGGGGAGGAUCUCAGGAGGCACACUUGUGAGGAUAGAGAUUCGCCCCAUGUAAAGAUUGUUCAGAUGCUCAAGUCCGAUUUAUUGACAUGGGGAAAGCCAAGGCGGAGGAAUGUGGUAUGUGAAACCGGCAAUUGCAGAAGUCAGCCCGCUGUACAUGAUUUUAUCUUCAGCCCAUCCGGCCCAUUUCUAAAGAAUGAGAAAAAGGACCGUGAGGGAAAGGUAAUUCUCAAGGUGGGUGACUGAAUUGAAACAGGAGGGAAGUGCACUUUUUUUAGUCUGGGAGUAUGGCUGGAUUAGAACUCUGGGUACGUGGAAUCAACAUUGUUGCAAAGGAAGCUCCGUUUGAUGUUUGAUUACUAACUUUGUUACAAUUUUAAUCGUCUAAUUGAAUGUGUAUGGAUCGCUGGGAACCGGGAAAGUGGGAAGUACUUUCUGAAAUUUCUCCUUGGAUUCAA